AUGUCUUUCUUGGAGAAAACGUCUACAGCAGAUCUGAUGGAGAAUCUGAGGGAAGAACUGACCUGUUUCAUCUGCUUGGACUAUUUCACCAGCCCCGUGACCACUGAGUGUGGGCACAGCUUUUGUCUAGUGUGUCUCCUGAGGAGCUGGAAGGAACACAACACUCCUUUAUCUUGUCCUGAAUGCUGGAGGACCUUGGAGAGCCCACACUUCCAGCCCAAUGAGCGUUUGGGGAGGCUGGCUGGCAUCGGCAAGCAGCUCCGAUCCCAGGUGCUGCAGAGUGAGGGCGAACAAGACAGCUAUGGGAGAAUGCUGGCAGGCAUUAAGGUGUUCUCUGAGGAUAAGCAGGGUAUAAACAUUUUCUCAACUCAAUGUCAUGGAAUAAACAGAUCGUAUCCCUCAAGUGAGGCUGAGGAGCGUCACAAAGAGAAACUCCAGGAAAUCCUAAGUCUUUUGCAUAAAAAGAGAAAGGAAACCCAGGUUAUAUUAACCCAUGAGAAGGAGAGAGUAAUACUGUGCAAGGAAGAGACAAAGGCCUGUAAACAGGUUGUUGUGUCAGAAUAUGGAAAAAUGCACCAGUUUUUGAAGGAGGAGGAACAGCUACAGCUCCAGUUACUGGAAAAGGAGGAAAGAGAGAACAUGAAGAAACUAAGGGACAAUGAGAUCAAGCUGACCCAACAAAUAAGAAGCCUGAGCAAAAUGAUUGAACAGAUAGAGUCCACGUGUCAGAGCUCCAUUAUAGAAUCGUUUGAGGUAAGAAUAUUGGGAAAAAUCAACGGAAUAACAACAACAACAACAUGUACAGACAUAACUCUGGAUCCAGCUACAGCCAAUGCUUAUCUUGUCUUGUCUGAGGAUCUGAAGAGCGUGAGACAUGGAGGAAUCCGACAGCACUUACCUGACAACCCAGAGCGAUUUGACCAGUCUGCAACUGUACUCGGCGCUCAGAUCUUCACCUGUGGGAGACAUUACUGGGAGGUGGAGGUGGGCAACAAGACUGAGUGGGAGGUGGGCAUUUGCAAGGACUCAGUGAGCAGAAAAGGCAAUCUCCCAAAGCCACCGGGGGACCUCUUCUCACUCAUAGGCUUAAAAAUUGGAGAUGAUUAUAGCCUUUGGGUCUCAUCACCUUUGAAAGGUCAACAUGUCAGAGAGCCUGUGCAUAAGGUUGGUGUUUUCUUAGACUAUGAGUCUGGACAUAUAGCAUUCUACAAUGUGACAGAUGAGUCCCUCAUCUACAGCUUCCCUCCAGCCUCUUUCCAAGAGGCUCUCAGGCCUAUCUUCUCUCCUUGCCUCCCAAAUGAAGGGACAAACACAGGCCCACUUACCAUCUGCUCACUGAACAGUUUUGUCUGA